CUGACGCAGAUCCUCUCCGCGCGAAAUUUUGAGAGUUCCGUUGAGAACAAAACAAGAGCGCGAAGCAGCAGCUGCAGCAGCACCGCGCGCCGGUUCCGCUUCACAGCCGUAAAACUACCAACUGCAUCACGAUGGCGGAGCUCGGCUGCUACUCUCCCAGCUUCAAGAAACCGUCCGAGGUGCUGCGCAUGCGGAGGCAGCGGGCGCGGAGUGAAGGACCAGGCGGGAAAGUGUCGAGUCCAGCGCUAUCCGGGCUCCGGCCGUUUUCCCCGGGGCCGCUGCUCACCGCUCCGGGACGCGGUAACGGCGGAGUCAAGCGGAGAAACCCGUUCGCUAGCAUCGAGAACACCUACAGCAGCCCGAAGAAGAGGGCUUUAAUACAGGAGGAUGGUAGAAAGAGCUCAGCCGCGGGUCCAGACGAGAAACUCCGAGAAGAACCGAAAACCGGAGCUUUACUGCGGGAGGAGCUGCUGCACACUGACCGACUCAAACAACAGCACACACAGGCAGCGGUGUCUCUCUCUGAAGCUGACGGUGUGUUUGAGGAUGAUCUGUUUGAUCCGCAGAGCUCCGCUGCGGUGCUGAAGAGUCCAGAGGCACUCCGUGACUCUUCUCCGUCUGAGGUGUGUGUGGAGUAUCCGGCUGACUGGUCUCUGAAAACGCGUCUGCUGUUCACGUCUCCUCAGUCGUUCUCCUGGGCUGAGCAUCUGAAGGCGCAGGAGGAGGCGCAGGGCUUGAGUUCUCACUGCAGAGCCCAGUUCAGCAACAUUCCUGCUCACAUACCGAUACACAUCCUUCUUGAACAGCAGAAAGUGGUCAUAUAG